AUGCAAGCUGUACUUGUCCCUUUCAUAGCAUUCUGGCUUUACGAUCUUCAAGUUCGCAAUGUCGGCCGUCGACCGAAAGGUCUCCCUCCUGGACCUCCAACCCUCCCCCUCAUCGGCAAUUUACACCAGAUCCCGCCCAAGAACGCAUAUGUCCAAUUCAAGAAGUGGGCAGAAGAAUACGGCCCAGUCUACUCGCUGAUCACCGGGACGAAAGUCAUGAUUGUGCUCAACACCGACGUCGCCAUCAAAGACCUCCUCGACAAGCGCAGCAACAUCUACUCGUCCCGACCGGAGAUGUACAUCUCCUCCCUUGCCAGCGGCGGCCUCCGCAUGUUGCUCAUGCCAUACGGUGAUACCUGGCGGCGAGUCAGGAAGCUCUUCCACGGGUUGCUGCACCUGAAGGCGUCGAACUCGUACGUCCCCUACCAGGAUCUCGAGAGCACAUCCAUGAUGAUUGCGUUGUUGGAUGAACCAGACAAGGUGCUGCAUCAUAUUAGACGGUACACCAACUCCUUGACCACCCAGAUCGUCUACGGGUUUCGAACCCCAAAGAUUGAUGACCCUAAGCUGCUCAGACUGUACCACGUUAUCGAGGAGUGGUCGUCCAUCACCGGCGCCGGGGCGGCAGCUGUCUUGGACGUCUUUCCCAUUUUCCGAUCCCUACCCCCUUUCAUUCGCCCACUUUAUCGCCAUGCAUUGGACCUCCAAGAGCGAACGUUUGACCUCUACAAAGGCCACUGGCUCGAGGCGAAGAAAAAGGUGCAGAAUGGCACAGCCAAGCCAUGUUUCUGCGUCGGUAUUGCCAACGCACAAGAAAGCCAAAAGUUUGAUGAUGACUUUGCUACCAUGGUUGCUGGGACGGCGCUGGAGGCAAGCUCGGAUACCACUGCCUCGACGCUGGCGGGGUUUGUCCUUGCUAUGAUCUUGUAUCCGGAGGCGCAAAACAAGGCGCAGAGGGUGGUUGAUGAAGUUUGCGGGGAUAGAUUCCCCUCGAUUGAGGAUAUGGAAAACCCAAAGGCGCAGUAUAUCAGGGCUUGUGUGAAGGAGAACUUGAGGUGGAUGCCGACCGCGAUAUUGGGCGCGCCGCAUGCGGUGAUUAGGGAUGAUGAGUAUAUGGGGUAUAGGAUUCCCAAAGGGGCGGGGGUGGUGUAUAAUGCUUGGGCUGUACAUAUGGACGCCGAACGACACCCUAACCCCCGCGUCUUUGAUCCUGACCGGUACAUCCAUGACUUUGCUAGCUCGACCGAGUCAGCUCAGCAGGCUGACGCUACCAAACGGGAUCAUUUUAGUUUUGGGGCGGGGAGGAGAAUCUGCGAGGGGAUGCACGUGGUUGACAGGUCGAUGUUUCUUGUUAUUGCGAGGUUGAUGUGGGCGUUCAAGUUUGAGAAGGCGAUUGAUGAGGUGACGGGGCAGGAGAUCACACCCGAUCAGGAUGAUCUAGUCGGUGGGUUCUUGAUGCAGCCCAGGCCGUUUAGGUUGAAGAUCACGCCCAGGAGCGAGAAGAAAGCGGAGACGGUGAGGGAGAAGUGGGGGGAGUGUUUGGGUUUGUUGGAUGAAGGGGGGCAGUGGAGGAGUGUACCGGAGGGGAUGCCGUUUACUGUUUCUGAGGGGGAUGGGAAGGGGGAGUGA